AUGGCGCCUCACGGAGUUCCGCUUGGCAGCCUCAAGGAGUGUCUCCAGUUCCUGGAGUGGUUGAAAAGGUAUGAGGCUAUGCAGGACAAGGUGGCCAGAGAACUGCAUGGGCGUAUCAAGCAAUAUUUUCAAGAGAGUAAAGAUAUUUUCAACCUAGAAAACGUUAAGCUUGGCUUGACCGCUUUCCUCGGCCACGUGUCAGCGUUCUACACGAGGUUAUGCGAAGACCCAGCGCCUGGCAGUUAUACAGGAAAAAACCCUAAUGACAUCGUAGAUGCCCUUCUGGAAUGCCUCUCCAAGUUCCUUGCUGCCAUAUACUUUCUGGAGUACUGCGUAUAUCACAGUUACGAGAGACUUGGGGGCGGUGGUUGGAAACAGAACUGGCCUGCGUGGAAUGAUAGUCGGUGGGGAGGCCAUCUUGGUAAAUAUCUCUACGCUGACUCCGGCGACGAAACACACGGCGUAAUACCAGGGGGGUUCACUUACGGCGAUGUGAGUUAUUAUACACUUGGGCGGUCUUACUACCAAGGUUCCUAUAUGGUUUUCGACCUACAAAAAAUUUUGAGCAAACAGAAUUACAAUUUCUUCCGCAGCGUGUUUGUCACUUCCGUCAUUGGAGAUGCGGCCAACCGUAAAGAGAACGCCGCGAACGCUCUCUCGUUGAUCAGAACGUUCUGCGAUAUUGUAGGAGAAGCAGACCCAGCGACCGGCGGAAGCUUGAUAAGAGCAUUAGAUGCCGGCUUAAAAGAACAUGUGAAAUCCGAUCAAACCAUAUGCUGGAAAGAAUUGAGAGAACAUUGCGCUAAGCUUAAGAAUAAAUUGUUUGACAAACUUUUCAAAAAGGAUGAACGCUUUGACUUUACCGGACAGGCGACGCAACUUAAAAACCUCAAGAGAGAGGACUUGGCGAAGGCAACUGCGAAAUGGUUGAGAGAGAAGCUGACUCUAGUGCGGGGGAAAUUGAGGGAAAUUAGGACAGAUGACAAUGCCGUCACCAAUCCCGAUAAGUACAACCUUGGCAAAUAUUUUACCGACAAUCUCUUCCCUUUUGGUUUCAGAUUAGAUGUAAAUAAGCGUUUUAUAAUGUCGUCAAUGGAUGUAAAGAAUUUGAUGACGGAUUGGCGUGAGGCGAUCGAUGAGUUUAAUAAAAAGAAUGACAACGAUCUGGAUAGGCUUAAAGAAAUUUUGAGUGGAACGUAUCAAGGAGUAUGUCAAAAGCUUCCGCCACCUAAAAAGCCUGAGCCCCCGCCUGCCAAGGUUCCUGAAGCCCCCAAGGAAGUUGUGCCGGAGAAGAAAGUUGCCGUUCCGAAAAAGCCAGAGGUCCCGCCUGCCAAGGUUCCUGGAUCCGAGCCGGCGAUGACUGUCCCCACCAAAACAGAGGCCGCAAAACCUGUGGUCACCAAGGCCGAGGCGGCAAAGCCGACUGCCACUAAAACAGAAGGGAAUCAAAAUCAAGGCAAGAAAGCGGAGGGAGCACAGAACCAGGGCAAGAAAAGUGAGGGAGCACAGAACCAAGGCAAGAAGGGUGAGGGAACUCCAACUCCUUUGUCUCCAAAUCAGAAUAAUGGUCAAAGUGAAUCAAAGUCUCCACCUUUAUCAGAUGUAAAGGCUCUUGCUUCAGCUCCGUCUCCCGGUACUUCAGGAGGUCAAGUACCGCCAGGGCCUACUGGUCCAGUGGAUCUGGCGUCUUCUUCGACUCAAGAUACAUCAAGUAAUCAAGGUGUUAAAGUUCAAACUCCUAGUCAACCUCCACAUCAACUCCCUCCAGGGCCUCCCUCUCCACCGCCUACUCCCCCUCAAGUCCCUGCGAUCACUCAGCGUCCGAAUGUUUCAGGUCCAGGCCCUGGGUCAACUGUCGAUCAGGGGAUUGGGCAAGAUGCUGGGAAAGUUGUUACUCAACUAAUAAGUCAACCCUCCGAUCCUAGUCCAAGCAGCGUCAGUACUGCGCCGGCUGACACGGCGCCUGGUGGAGGUGGGAGCGGAUGA